UUGUCCAGAAACUGCGUUUGUGUCUUUUACACAUAUGCAAAUCUUUAUGCAUAUAUUCAUUAAUAUUCGAAAAUAACACAUCUUUAUAUCCCAUUAUAUAUCACUGUUUUGUUAUCUAUGUGAUAAAAGUUCUACUUUGAUAGAUACACGUAAUUACGUAGUUGCUCUUGCAUUCAUUUUAGAAGAAAAAAUGUCAUUGGAAGCUUAUUAUGAUCCAAACUAUGACAAAGAACAUCCAAGAAAUCUUAUUCCAGAACUAUGUAGGCAAUUCUAUAAUCUUGGAUGGGUGACUGGUACAGGAGGCGGUAUCUCAAUUAGUUACAGAGAUAAGAUCUACAUAGCUCCUUCCGGUGUACAAAAAGAGCGGAUGAUGCCCAAUGAUAUGUUUGUACAAGAUAUUAAUGGAACAGAUUUGGAAUUACCACCACCAGAAAAGAAAUUAAAGAAGUCACAAUGUACUCCACUAUUUAUGUGUGCUUAUUUAAGGAGGAAUGCAGGUGCUGUGAUUCACACACAUUCUAAAUUUGCUGUAAUGGCAACAUUAUUAUGGCCUGGAAAAGAAGUCAAACUCACGCAUCUUGAGAUGAUAAAAGGUAUAUGGAAUCAAAAAGAGGGCAAAGCAUAUCGUUAUGAUGAGGAAUUGGUAAUACCAAUCAUAGAAAACACUCCCUUUGAGAAAGAUUUAAGAGAUGAUUUAGACGACAUUAUCGUUCGUUAUCCUGAAACUUGUGCAGUUUUGGUACGCAGGCAUGGGAUUUAUGUAUGGGGUGAUUCUUGGCAACAGGCAAAAACUAUGACAGAAUGUUAUGAUUAUUUGCUUGACAUUGCAGUUCAAAUGAAACAAUUUGGAUUAGAUCCACAGACAACUCCAAGUAAUUAUGAAUUAAAAUACCAAGGAAAUGUAACAAUUUUGUAAUACAAAUCUAAUUUUUGUCAUAAAUGUAUAUAUCAUAAAACUAU